AUGGAUCAAGACCAAAACGAGAAGUGCCGAGCCAUUGAAGAUGCCUGCAAGCAGGGCGAUCUCAGCGCCCUAGUCAAGCUUGCAACUUCGACCGGCGGCCUGGUGACCGAUGAAGCUCGCCGGCAAGCCUGGCCGAUCCUAUUGGGUUGCAAGACUCAAUUUCGAGACGCUGCACAGGAGCAGCCGAGCCAGGCAUGGAGGAAACUACCCCAGCAUCCUGACGAAGACCAAGUGCAGCUCGACGUCGAUCGCGCCUUUGUUUACUACCCGAAAGAUGAAUCUGAACAGUCUCUCGACAGGCGGAAAACGGAACUUUCCAAUCUAAUUGUCGCGACACUGAGAAGCCACUCAAUGCUGUCGUACUUCCAAAGUUAUCACGAUGUGGUACAGGUACUUCUCUUGGUGCUUGGAGAGUCAAGUGCCGCUGUUGCCGUCCCACGGAUUUCUCUGAUGAGACUUCGUGACUACAUGCUUCCGACGAUAUCUCCUGCAAGGAAACACUUCGAAAUUGUCUCAGCCAUCGUCAAGUCUGCUGAUCCCGAGCUAGCCGACCACAUCGCCGAGGCCGAGAAUAGCUUCGCACUUUCAGCAACUCAUUCCCUAUUCGCCCACGACAUUCAAGACUACGGAGACAUUGCUCGAAUGUACGAUUUCCUCCUUGCGCACGAGCCAGUCAUGAGCCUCUACUUGUUCGCUGCCGUUACCAUCUCGAGGCGGUCUGAAUUGUUCGAAAUGCCAGCUGAUCAAUCCGAUAUAUUGACCUUUGUGAUAUCCAAGCUUCCACAAACUCUCGACAUUGACGCAUUAAUCCAGAACACCCUGAUGCUGUUUGAAAAACACCCACCACAUCGUCUUCAAGGCUUCGUUUGGUGGCGUGUGUCACAAUUCAGUGUCCUCAAAACAUCACGUAAGACUUAUCAACACCAAAGUUUGGAGCAGGCAGAAGACCUAGCCCGGAAACAAAUCGAGCAGCUACGCCGAGAAGAGCUACUGCAGAAGAGGCUGAAGUUAUUGGCGCGAUACAGGCGACCGCUUCUCUCACUGACCGCUGCUCUGUUGGUAGGAGCGAUGUCCUACUCGAUGAGGCGAAGUGGGCAAGAUAGAUACGUUUGGUCUGUUCUGUCGGCGAUAAUGGACUCUCUUCCAAGACGGCCUUGA